CAUUCUCUCUCUUUCUCUUUCUCUCAGGUGUGCACAUUGUCCAGAACAUGUACGGCUGUGAGUGGGAUGAUGAGACUGGAGUCACAGAGGGGUUUGAUCAGUUUGGAUAUGAUGGAGAGGAUUUCAUAGCAUUUGACCUGAAGACAUUGACAUGGAUCGCUCCAACAUCACAGGCACUUAUCACCAAACACAAGUUGGACAGUAACAAGGCUUUAAAUGAGCAGAAUAAACACUACUACACCCAGACCUGCAUUGAGUGGCUGAAGAAGUAUCUGGACUAUGGGAAGAGCACUCUGAAGAGGACAGUUCCUCCUUCAGUGUCUCUGCUCCAGAAGACCCCCUCCUCUCCAGUGACCUGCCACGCUACAGGUUUCUACCCCAGUGGAGUCAUGGUGUUCUGGCAGAAAGACGGACAAGAUCACCAUGAAGAUGUGGAGUAUGGAGAGACUCUCCCCAACGAUGACGGAACCUUCCAGAAAAGCACCCACCUCACCGUGACGCCUGAGGAGAGGAAGAACAACAAGUAUCAGUGUGUGGUUCAAGUCACUGGUAUCAAGGACGACGUUAUCAAGGUUCUGCCAGAUGACCCAACCACCAACUUUGUCCCCAUCAUUGGAGGGGUGGUAGCUCUCCUCCUGGUCAUCGCUGUUGUUGUUGGGGUCGUCAUUUGGAAGAAGAAGAGCAAGAAAGGCUUUGUUCAGACCAGCAGUAAGUGCCAACCUUCAUGUUGUUCUCCAUUCUGAAAAGAUCGCAGAUUUGUUUUGGUGUUGGACUGUAUGAUAUCCAUUUUAGAGUGUGGCGGUGUCUCUUUUCAUUGUAGAUUCUGGUUCAAACUUAGAUGUCAAUUGAUGUAGCGAGUUAGUUAUUAUGGAAGGCUGCAUUUACUGUGAACCAUGCAUUAGGAACUUGUGAAUUAACCUGAACUCAUUGAUUAUCUUGCAAUCAGCCUUUUUUUUAUAACAUUGGGGUUUCAUUUCUGUUUUAGCUUCCACACUGACUCUGACAACUCUGGGAAAGGUGCCCAGAAGAUUUGAGAGACCUCUGCACUUCUGUAACAUCAGAGAAGGAGCUGAAGAGGACAGCGACGAAAUGGAAA